AUGGCGUCAAAAGCAUUCGCAAACGGCCUCAAGGAGCUGAGGUUCCUGUUCUGCCAGACCAGCGAGCACAGCGCCGCGACAAGUGAAGGAGCGCAACCCAACGCGCACGCCAUUGCACAAGAGCAGGAUAGACAGGACAGGCAGGAUAGAGCGAACCGCGCUGACCGACUGGACAGGAACUUCCUCAUGCGAAGCUACCCCGCCAUGAAGAAGGCCAACCCAUCCAUCCCCAUUAUGAUCCGCGAAGCCAGCAACACCCAGCCCACCGUAUAUGCGCGAUUCGACUUCGGAAAGGAGCGGAAGCUGUCACUGAAGGGCCUGGACGACAAGGCCAUUGAACAACAAGUCACGGAGCUGGUACAGAAGGGCGCAUGA